GAUAUUGAUCCACUGGUCAGAGAAUUGGUCACUUCUAACAGCUCCCUGCCAGACUCCUGGUACUGCUCUCCGUAGUACUGCCCUCUGUCUUGGUACUCUCUGUAGUACUGCUCUCUCUGUACUGUACUCUAUAUACUACAUUUAACAGACGCUGUUAUCCAAAGCGACCUGCAAUCCGUCCAUUGGUCAGUGUUCCUGUUGUUCUGUGUGGUUCUACCCUCCAGUCCGUCCAUUGGUCAGGGUUCCUAUUGUUCUGCUGGGUUCUACUGUAGAAAUCAUGCUGCUCAGAGCCGUGUGUCUGCUCUGGGCUCUCACCAGCCCCGCCACCGCCGCUGUGUUCGCGCACCGGUCCGCAGCCCACCAGCUGCUCCGUAUCCGCAGGGCCAACACAGGCUUCCUGGAGGAGCUGAAGGCCGGAAACAUUGAGAGGGAGUGCAGGGAGGAGAUCUGUGACUACGAGGAGGCCCGCGAGGCCUUCGAGAACGACGACCAGACCAGGCAGUUCUGGCAGAGCUACACCGCCCGGGACCCCUGUGCUGCAAAGCCCUGUCUGAACAACGGUACCUGCGUCCCGCUGGACUCCUCCUACCGGUGCAGCUGUAGUGAGGGCUUUGAGGGCCGCGACUGCCAGACAGCGUUCGAGGACUCCCUGGGGUGUGUGUAUCUGAACGGCGGCUGUGAGCAGUUCUGCGACGACUCGGGGCCACGACGCCGCUGCUCCUGUGCUGAGGGUCACAGCCUGGGGCCUGACGGCAGGGCCUGUGUAGCCCACGUGGAGUUCCCCUGCGGAGUGGUCCCGGUCCAGAACCAGAGCCAGACCUCUGGGGCCCAGACGCGCCUGGUGGGGAGCAGCCAGUGUCCCCGGGGGGAAUGCCCCUGGCAGGUGCUGGUCAGGUACAAAGGGGGGAGUCACUGUGGCGGGGCCCUCAUCCGGUCCGACUGGGUCAUCACGGCGGCCCACUGUAUCCAUGGCAACGACCAUAACGACUUCACUGUGGUGGCAGACAUCCACGACCUGGAGGCGGAGGAGGGGCAGAGCCGGGCCGUCUCCAUGGCGAUCAGCCACCCGGGCUAUUCGGCGGCGACGGGGGAGGGCGACGUGGCCCUGCUGCGGCUGGCGAGGCCCCUGGCCCCGGGCCCCGGUGCCGUGGCGCUCUGCCUGCCCCGCCGGGCCCUGGUGCUGAGGGAGCUGCUGGCCACGCGCCACCACACGGCGCUGGGCUGGGGCCGCCGCACCGCCGGGGGCAACACCGGGGCCCCCCAGGGGCCCGCCAGCCCGCUGCUGCGCCGCCUCACGGUGCCGCUGCUCCCGGCGGCGGCGUGCGGCCUUGCCUCGGGCCUCAACGUGACGGGCGGCGCCCUACUGUGCGCCGGCUACCUGGAGGGGGGCGGGGCCUCUUGUCGCGGGGAUGACGGGGGCCCGCUCAUCACCCGCUACGGCUCCACCCACUUCCUGCUGGGCGUGGCCGUCUGGGGACGGGGCUGCCCUCAGCCUGGCCAUUAUGGGAUGUACGCCAACAUGGCCGACUACGUGGACUGGGUGGAAGACACCCUGAAGGCCCCGCCCACCUCCAUCGCAGCCGAUGAGAGAGCAACCAUCGCUUAGUAGUUCUCUAACCUAAGCUAACCAUCUCUCACUAGUACCUAAAUUAACCAUCUCUAACAAGUACCUUUAAUAACCACCUCUAACCUAAACUAACCAUCUCUAACUAUAACCUAUACUAACCAUCUCUAACUAGUACCUAAACUAACCAUCUCUAACCGAAACUAAACAUCUCUAAAAAUUCUCUUAACUAACCAUCUCUAACCUAAACUAACCAUCUCUAGCCAAAACUAACCAUCUCUAACUAGUACCUAAUCUAACGAUUUCUAGCUAGUACCUAAACUAACCAUCUCUAACCAUCGCUAACUAGUACCUAAACUAACCAUCUCUUGCUAGUAUCUAAUCUAACCAUCUCUAACCUAAACUAACCAUAUCUAACCUAGUAACUAAACUAACCAUUUCUAACCUAAACUAACCAUCUGUAGCCUCAACCAACCAUAUCUAACCUAAACCAACCACAUCUAACCUACCUAACC